AUGGGUGAAAGUACGAGUGUGACAAAUGGGUUUUCUCAAAGCAGGAUGGAUCAGAAAAUAAAUGUCUAUAUAUGGGACAUGGAUGAAACUCUUAUACUGCUCAAGUCUUUGUUGAAUGGAACGUAUGCAGAGGCUUUCAAUGGUUUGAAGAAUAUCCAAGAGGGUGUUGAAAUCGGAAAGAUGUGGGAGAAGCACAUUCUUGCUUUGUGUGACGAUCAUUUCUUUUAUGAACAAAUUGAGAACUACAAUAAAUCCUCUCUUGAUGCCUUGAGCCAGUAUGAUGAUGGGCGGAAUCUUUCUGAUUAUGAUUUCAACCAAGAUGGGUUUGGUCCUCCAUAUGAUGAUUCCAACAAUAGAAAACUGGCAUAUAGGCACAGAUUCAUAGCCCAUAGAUACAAACAGUUUCCUAAAUCAGAGAUGAUAAAAGACUUGGAUGAGUUGUAUGAUAUGACUGAUAAAUAUACAGAUAGAUGGCUCUCCUCAGCGCGCAUCUUCUUGGAAGAGUGUUCUGCUGGGCACAAAAAGACAUCUCUUGUGGCUGCUGAUGGGAUCAAUGAAUCUUCUGCUUCAAAGUAUCAGCAGAUUAAUCUUUUAGUGACAUCUGGAUCAUUGAUCCCAGUCUUGUAA